CCCGGGCCGCGCGCCUUAGCGCGCGCGCACGCACACACACUCCCCCUUUUCCUGUACCAACCACCUUCUCAAGUUGUAGCGGUCGCUCACCGGGGGUUCUCCGUGGGCGGCCGACGGGCGCGCGGGGGAGGGGUUCGGACCGCUCACUGCUGAGAGGAGCGAGGGUGUGCACGCGGAGGGCCGGGGCGGCGAGCCACGGCCCCGGGCGAUGAGGGGCCGGCCCUGACCGGGAAGAGCGGGCACCGCGGCUGCGGCUCCGAGGGGACCUGCAAUGGCAGCGUCCCGGGAGGAGGCUCCAGGCAGGGCGGGCUGCGCGGGCAGCGGCCGUUGAGGUGCUGGCCGGCCGGCUGGCUGGCAACCGGGGCGGAAGGGACGAGCGGCGCGCUCGGCGUCUGCACCCCCGCGCCCUCGCCUCAGUUGUCUAAACUUCGGGCUCCCUUCCACCCGCCCUCCGCGCCCGGAGUCAACAACUUCUUCACCCCCCUCCGCCCCCGCCCUUCCCUCCGUCAGCCCCGGGAGCUCGCCGCGCGGCGGGGACCAGGAACCUCGGGCGCUGAGAUGUGGCCGUGAGGCGUCGGCGGGUGGCGAGGAGCAGCUCGGCGGCGUCCCGGAGCCGGAGGGCGGUGGGGCUGGGGCGAAGGGGCGCGAGCUUUCCGCGCCUCUCCCCCUCCUCCUCCUGCCGCCGCUGCCCGUGCCUUGCAAGCAGCAGCCGGAGCUGCCAAGCGCCAGGGCCGCGGAGAUGUCGUCUUCGUCGCCGCCGGCGGGGGCUGCCAGCGCCGCCAUCUCGGCCUCGGAGAAAGUGGACGGCUUCACCCGGAAAUCGGUGCGCAAGGCGCAGAGGCAGAAGCGCUCCCAGGGCUCGUCGCAGUUCCGCAGCCAGGGCAGCCAGGCGGAGCUGCACCCCUUGCCCCAGCUCAAAGAUGCCACUUCAAAUGAACAACAAGAGCUUUUCUGUCAAAAGUUGCAGCAGUGUUGUAUACUGUUUGAUUUCAUGGACUCUGUUUCAGACUUGAAGAGCAAAGAAAUUAAAAGAGCAACACUAAAUGAACUGGUUGAGUAUGUUUCAACUAAUCGUGGUGUAAUUGUUGAAUCAGCGUAUUCUGAUAUAGUAAAAAUGAUCAGUGCUAACAUCUUCCGUACUCUUCCUCCAAGUGAUAACCCAGAUUUUGAUCCAGAAGAGGAUGAACCCACGCUUGAGGCCUCUUGGCCUCACAUACAACUGGUGUAUGAAUUCUUCUUGAGAUUUUUGGAGAGCCCUGAUUUCCAGCCUAGCAUUGCAAAGCGAUACAUUGAUCAGAAAUUUGUACAACAGCUCCUGGAGCUUUUUGAUAGUGAAGAUCCCAGAGAACGUGACUUCCUGAAGACUGUUCUACACCGAAUUUAUGGAAAAUUUCUUGGAUUAAGAGCAUUCAUCAGAAAACAAAUUAACAACAUUUUUCUCAGGUUUAUAUAUGAAACAGAACAUUUCAAUGGUGUUGCUGAACUCCUUGAAAUAUUAGGAAGUAUUAUCAAUGGCUUUGCAUUGCCACUGAAAGCAGAACAUAAACAAUUUCUAAUGAAGGUUCUUAUUCCUAUGCAUACUGCAAAAGGAUUAGCUUUGUUUCAUGCUCAGCUAGCCUACUGUGUGGUACAGUUCCUGGAGAAAGAUACAACACUAACAGAACCAGUCAUCAGAGGACUGCUGAAAUUUUGGCCAAAAACAUGCAGUCAGAAAGAGGUGAUGUUUUUAGGAGAAAUUGAAGAAAUCUUAGAUGUCAUUGAACCAACACAGUUCAAAAAGAUUGAAGAGCCACUUUUUAAGCAGAUAUCCAAGUGUGUAUCCAGUUCUCAUUUUCAGGUUGCAGAAAGGGCAUUGUAUUUCUGGAAUAAUGAAUAUAUUCUCAGUUUAAUUGAGGAGAAUAUUGAUAAAAUUCUGCCAAUUAUGUUUGCCAGUUUGUACAAAAUUUCCAAAGAACACUGGAAUCCGACCAUCGUAGCACUGGUAUACAAUGUGCUGAAAACCCUAAUGGAAAUGAAUGGCAAGCUUUUUGAUGACCUCACUAGCUCAUACAAAGCUGAAAGACAGAGGUAUUUGAUAUUUUGAAUUACAAAAUUUACCUACA